AUGCUUUCGACAUUCCUGACUGCCUGCUCGCUUCUGAGCGCAGCAUUGGCGACUCCAUGGGGCUACAAUCAAGGAGGCGCGCCAUAUGGAGGCCCAGCGCCUCAGAGAGGGGGUGCACCAGGCCCGCAGCCCCCAACUCCCCCACCUGAUACCAAUAUCUUCAACAACGUAACCGUGUUUGCGCCUCCGGCAAGCUGGCCCAAUCACGGUGGUAGUUACGCCCGCUCGGUCCUCCUCAACCAGGACUGCGAGCAGGGUACGCCGACGUUGCUUGCAACGGCAGCGUACAGUCCGCCCGAUGGAGUCUACUUCAUCAUCUACAAAAGCACCGACUAUGGUCAGACGUGGACCAACAUCUCAAAAGCAUACUUCAACGGCAACUCUAGCCUGAGCGGCGGCAUUAUCUUACAACCUUUCCUGUACGAGCUUGCUCAACCUUUCGGAAAAUACAAACCUGGGACUGUUCUUUUGAGUGGCAACCUGAUACCGGGCGAUUUUGCCAGCACCAACAUACAGCUCUACGCUAGCGAAGACAAGGGGAUCACAUGGGAGUUCGUGUCAAACGUCGCUGUGGGCGGGCCCCCGAACACAGAUAACGGGGCCCCGUGUGUGUGGGAGCCGUUCAUUUUGGCUUACGACAAUCUGCUUAAUGUCUACUACUCGGACCAGCGCGAUCCCAGCUAUGGGCAGAAGCUUGCUCACCAGUCAAGUACGGAUCUUACCGAAUGGGGACCUGUCGUCAACGAUGUAGCUUAUGCCAACUACACGCUGCGGCCCGGCAUGAUCACCAUGGCUCAGAUCGGCAACGGGUCCUGGAUGUGCUCGUAUGAGGUUGGUCUUUGGACGGAUGCUGCUGGAAGCAACGAGAGCGCGCCUUAUGCCACUCAUUACAAGAUUGCCGACUCCCCGCUCGACUUCGGCAGCGUGGGCGACAACCUUCUUCGGACUAACACCGGUGGUGUCUCAAGCGCUGGGCCAUAUACCGUCUGGACGCCUGCAGGAGGUCCGCACGGGACCAUAGUGGUCAGCGACAGUACGUAUGAUCAGCUGUUCCUAAAUACGAACAAUGGCGAUCCGAGUGCGUGGCAGAACGUUACAAGCGGUCACGGUGUAGGCUACACGAGAUCUCUGAGGGUGAUGCCUGGAAAUGGAGGAAAGACGGUGCUGUUGCUUAAUGGAGGCAUGUAUGGCCAGAACUCUACCAUCUUCACGGCGGGCGACUACGUCGUGCCUGGUGCGGAGGGCAGCGGGCCCGGUGCAGAAGGAUUUCCAGCUUGCAACUUCAACAGCGGAGGGUACGGGCACGGUGGCGGAUGGGGCAACUCAUGGUAG